AUGUCUUUCUACUUAAAUCCCAUGAAUAAUACUGGACUGGGACGAUUUGAGUCCGUUCAUCGACCUGGCUCAAAUGUUACUAUAUAUUGCAGCAUUGAAGGAUCAAACAACGUAACCUUUCAAUGGAAAAUUGGAAAAUUAAAUGAUUUCAGUAGCAUUUCUCUAUACCCUGCACUAAACCCAAAAUUUGAGAGAGUCGAGGUAGAACCAGCUUGUUCCCGAUACCGUCACUCGUCAACACUAAAGUUUCAAAUAGAAUACAAUUAUGAUGGCUACAUGUUUGUGUGUGUGGCUACAGAAAACAACAAGGACACUGUUGUUGGGAACAUGACCAUAUUUACACAAAUAGGGACAGAGGCAGCCCAUACUGGUCAAAGAAUAAGUGAUCAGCUUAUCAGCCCAAGUGUAGUUGAGACUGGAGGAACUUUUAUUGUGACAUGUGACGCGUCACGUGCUGGUGUUCCAACAACUGCUACAACAGUUCGGACGCUGAUGAUUGAGUGGUCAGAUGGUACACAACAGCUUAAACCUUUAGCAAGAUACGGACAUAAUGGUACUCAAUACGAGGCUAAGCGUUUACCUCAAACUUUCCCCGCAAGAAAAUGGGCUUUUCGUUUUUCUGGAACCUUGCAACGAACAUCAAAUAAGCCAAAGAACAGGAACACAAUGAAAAUAGAAAUGGUGGUCUAUGAUGCUAAAUGUACAGAUGCUGGCUUGUAUUUUUGUACUGCCAUAUACCUAAAUUCUAAUAAAAAUGUUUCAAUAAUAAAUAGCUACCAGAAUCUCACGAUUAAAGGCGAGUCACGCCCUGUUUUUGUUUCGCUGUAUUCAAAUACUCGGGAUAAAAUUGGACUACGCCCAUUUCAGUCUGUUAUACGAAUUGGUUCUGACGUUGAUGUCACUUGUAUUAUCGAGGGACCAAAAGAUCUGAAUAUUCGUUGGAUGUUUGGCAGCAGGUUAAGUAACUUUAACACCUUUACGCCAUAUUCUGGAUCAGUUGUUGAACCUGUGGAAGUUAGUUCUGGGACAACCUGUGUCCAGUACCUAUAUUCGUCAACACUUAAGUUUCAAACAGAAGACAAAUAUGAUGGCUACAUGUAUGUUUGUGUAGUGACAGAAAACAAUAAAGACAAAAUAUUUGGGAACAUUACUGUGUACAAUAAAAAAGGGACAGAGUCAGCCUAUACAAGUCAGCCGCGUAGUGAAACAAUCCUCAAACAAAAUGUGGUUAAUGUAACAACAUCGUUUACUGUGACAUGUGACGCUUCACGUGCUGGUGUUCCAACAAAUGCAACGACAAUUUUAAGGCUGACUAUUGCAAGGACAGAUGGAACUAAAGAGCCAACUACUUUAGCGGAUUACAACACGCUUACAUCGCCAUAUGAAUCAAGUUUUCAACCAGAAUCGUCAUCUAUGAAAACGUGGUUUUUUGAAUUCUCUGGACGGUUAGAUGGAUUACCUUACAGACUAAAUAAUAGAAACACAAUGAAAAUAGACAUGACGAUCAGGGACGCUAGAUGUCCAGACGAAGGCUUGUACUUUUGCACUGCGAUAUACGUUAAUUCACAUAAUGAUGUAUUAAUGGAGAGUCGAUACCAGAAUAUCACAAUUACAGGUGGACAAGUUUAUGUGUCCUUCAAUUCAUUUCCACGUCCUUCAGGUUUAUUAGUGGAUCCUUCUUUUCCUUUGAAACCCUCUGUUGAUUGGAAAUUGUUUUCUUUUGAAAAAAUGGAUUUCAAUUUGACGUGUAUUGUUAAUGGAUCGAAUAAUGUAAACAUUCAUUGGAAGUUUGGCAGCAGUUUAAGCAAUUUCAGCAGCUUUACACCAUAUCCUGAAGCAACUGGCGAACAUUUUUUAAUUGAUUCUGGGACAACCUGUGAAUGGUACUUUCAUUCAUCAACACUGUCGUUCAAAACAGAAUACAAGUAUGAUGGCUACACGUAUGUGUGUGUGGCUACAGAAAACAACAGAGACACCAUUGUUGCAAACAUGACGCUAAACGUAACACAAGCGUGGGAAAAAAGCGAUAACCUUAUACACCCAAAAGAGGUUAAAGAAGGCGGAUCGUUCAACCUUACAUGUUACGCUUCACAUGCUAGUGUUCCCUUAAAUAUUACAACGGUUACAACGUUAUAUGUUGAAUGGACAGAUGGGACGCAAAAUCCAGUAUUACUAGCAAGAUACAGGACUUAUAUUCCUCCAUUUCAGUAUAAAUUCCCAUCAUAUUUUCUACCGACAAGUAACAGGACAAUCAAUUUUUAUGGAAACUUACAAGGGACAUCAGAUGCUCCAAACAAUCGUAACACGAUGAAAAUAGAAAUAAUGGUCCAUGAUGCUAAAUGUACGGAUGCUGGAGUGUAUUUUUGUAAUGCUUCAUUUAUUGAUAGCUCGACUGCAUCUAGCUACCAGAAUCUCGCAAUUGUAGGCAAUUAUAUUUAA